GUGGCCGGCAGAACAAAGCUUAUGAUUGUUACUCUUAGCCUUGACCUCUUCAUUGAAUAAGAUUGUGCUUUUUAAAAUGAAACAUAUAUGUAGAUUGAUCUUAAUUAUAUACUGGUGUUGCGGCCAUGUAUCGACGAAGAAACCUGAUGUAAAUGAAAAGCCCAAUGCACUGCUAAUCAUCGCUGACGAUGCAGGUUUUGAAAUUGGAGCGUACUUAAACAAGAUUUGCCAAACUCCUAAUUUGGACCAGCUAGCAAGAAAUAGCUUAAUUUUCAAUAAAGCAUUUACUUCAGUUAGUAGUUGUUCACCCAGCCGAUCGGCAAUAUUAACAGGACGACCAUCGCAUCAGAAUGGAAUGUACGGUCUUCAUCAAGGAGUGCAUCAUUUCGAUUCAUUUAAUACUAUUGAAAGUUUGCCAAAAAUACUACAGCGGCAUAAUAUUAGGACAGGAAUAAUCGGAAAGAAACACGUUGGUCCAGACAAUGUGUACCCCUUCGAUUACUCCCAAACAGAAGAAAAUAAUUCCAUCUUACAAGUGGGCCGAAAUAUCACCCACAUCAAGCUUCUCGCUCGAGAAUUUUUAAAUAGUUCCGGGGACAAGCCGUUUUUUUUGUAUAUCGCGUUUCAUGAUCCACAUCGUUGCGGGCAUACCAACCCUCAAUAUGGUGAAUUUUGCCAGCGUUUUGGUAACGGCGAAGAAGGAAUGGGUCUGAUUCCCGACUGGCACCCCAUUACUUAUCAAUGGGAUGAAAUAGUGCCUCCCUUUUACGUUCCGGAUACCGAAGCUGCUCGAAAGGACAUUGCUGCCCAAUAUACUACCAUGGGUAGAUUGGACGAAGGUGUUGGGCUAAUUCUUAAAGAGCUGGAAAACGCUGGAUAUUCGGAUAAUACCCUUGUAAUGUUCAGCUCAGAUAAUGGCAUUCCUUUUCCAAACGGUAGAACUAAUUUAUAUGACUCGGGAUUGGCUGAACCCAUGUUUUUAUCGUCACCAUUUCAUAAAGAACGAAAAAACCAAGUCACUAAUUCCCUGGCCAGUUUACUAGAUAUUGUGCCCACAUUAUUGGAUUGGUAUGGAAUUAGUGAAAAUGAUACUACCAACUGGGAAAGCAACGAAAUUCAGGCUAAAAGGGCAUUUUCAGGAAAAAGUUUGCUGCCGUUGCUGAUUAAGGAACCCGAUGAUAAAUCCAACGAAGCGAUUUUUGCUAGUCACAAUUUACACGAAGUGACCAUGUGUUAUCCCAUGCGAAUGAUACGAACUCAGGGAUACAAAUUAAUUCACAAUUUGAAUUACAAUAGUCCUUUUCCAAUUGAUCAAGACUUUUACAUUUCUUCUACUUUUCGGGACCUUCUUAAUCGUACAAAAUCAGGCCAACCGACUUACUGGUUUAAAACUUUGAAAAGUUACUAUAAUAGACCAGAAUGGGAGUUAUAUGAUAUGAAAAUGGACCCUGCAGAGGUGAAUAAUUUGGCUUCAAAACCAAGUGUGAGUGAAAUCUUUAGACAGCUUAAAAAGAGACUGUUUGAAUGGCAACAAAAUACAAACGAUCCAUGGAUAUGUGCACCUCAUGCUGUUCUGGAAGAUCAAGGUGCUUACAAAAACAACCCCACUUGUUUAGAUCUAGAUAACUUUUCUUAAACCUCUGCAAAUCUGAUCUGUCUGAUUUAGUAAAGGUAUUAUUCUAAAAAGUAUCGUUCUCAACAUAAAUAAGUUGAAUUUUCAGAAGUUCGUUUGAGCUGUAUUCCUACCAUAUUUUUUGCUUACAACUGUUGAUAUGAAUAGGAUACAAAAAAUACAUUAUUUUUUUGUGAAUAAAAUACUUUUAUUUACCAACUAACAGGUUAAAACUGCGAUAAAUUCUACAAAAUAUUAACAGAUCUCAAAAUAAGUACAAAUAUAGACUUUAAAACAUCAUGUUAAAUAAUCGUUGCCAUUACAACACUAACUAUAGGCAUUUACGAAUGUAUUUAAAACGUUUGUGAACAUGUGCACACUGCCCAACAAAUUUUAAAGCUUGAUUCGUAAUUAUACAAAGAGGAAUAUCACACGUAACAAAUAUAACACUCGAUAUCUGCGUUUUAAAGAAGAAUUUUAUAACAGAGAGAUAGAACCUUUUUAAUGCGCAAUUAUUUUUCAUAUUAGUCAAAGUACAAUUAAAAAUUACUUACAGAUCCUUAAACAAAGAUCACUGCUAAGUCUCCGAAAAUUAACUCAUACAUGACUAUAGUAGUUCUAUUAAUAAAAUAUUUUCAUUGAAAAUAUAAAAGAUAUAUCUAAACUGGCCAAUGGACCUAAGUUGCACCAAUUUAACUAUUAGAUAAUAAUUUUUUGCCUGAAGUAAUAAAAUAUUUGAUUAAUUGAAUUUGAAUUGAAUAGAAUUGGCACUUUCCCGUAAGCUCUCCCCUACACUAAAGCAAACGUUAUAUAAUUAUUUGGUUAGAACGAUUGUACUGAGGACUGACCAUUAUCACAAUUGUCUCUAUAUAACUUCAAAAAGUUAAUUUUUGAUGCAAAGUUUUCUGUAUCUUUCCGUGUCUGAAAUAUUACCAGCAAUAGGCAAAAUUGACUAUGCAAAUCAAACUUUUAUUUUUUUAUUAUUUUUAUCAAUGUUUUUGGUAUUGAAAAAACUCGAAUCUGCUGUAAAGCAAGGCAAUAUUCUCUGUGUUGGGUUUGCCUACUCCGAUAUUUGAAUCUAUACAUAUACUGUCAGCUUAUGGUAAUUUGCUGAUUAAGUCUUUUUGAGCUGAGAGACGCUAGUAGCUUCUUCAUCAAUUCUGAUGUUGUAUUCGCUAUUCUGUUCAUUGACUUCAUAUUAUCUGAUAAUUCGUUAAUCUGAAAAAGUGCCGCUUCAAUAUGUAUAACAUUUUCAAAAUCAAUUAAAAAUAUACACAUAAUUCCAUAUUAGUACCUGGAUGUGUUUAGAAAGGUUGAUUAGGCUUGCUCAGACCCAGGAACUGAUGAAUAUUAAAAUGGUCAAAUAUUUUUAGAAGCGAAACGGAAAAUUAAAUAAAGUUAUUACGUUAAAUAAAGGCAAAGUAAGUAGUUACUAGUUUACAGCUUUUUCAAUAACAAUUUAGCAAGCACAGGUACGAUCUAAUGUGAUUUUCUUAUGAAGAACGAGAAAUAAGAUUACCUUUUAAGAACAUUAUACUCUGUAUCGAUUGUGGCGAAAAAUUGGUGAUUUUUUGUUUCGAAUAAAAAAAAGAUCAAUUUUCUCGCAUUAUUUGCAGGAAAACAGGAUUCUAUAACUCUGCUUCUGGAAAUAAUAAUGUUUUUGAUGGAUUUGAAUUCUCACAUUGUACGAUGCUAAACUAUAAGAAUGCAAAAAUUAUUAGAUAUUUUCAAAAUUAGCAUUUCUGAGUUUAUGUGUAAUUACCACAUAUAUUGCGUUUAAAGAAUAUUAUAAAGAAGGAUUUAAAACCAAUCUUUUAAGCGUUUUUUUCUAAGCAUAAAGUAUACCUUUCACUGGGAGUUUCUAAAUACGUCCAAUACUCUUCUGAGAAAGUGAAGUUGAAAAAGACGAUAGAUCAGGUACAUCUGAACCUUUGAAGUCAUGAUGAUGCAAUACUCAUGAGCAAUGAUUAAGAGCUUUUUUAGAUUAAUAGAGAGAAGCACUAAUACUCAGCAUGGAAAACAGUUUAAACCUUUUUCGCAGAUUUUCCUUGAAUAUCUACCACACAUCAGUUUUUUUCACCAGCAAAUUUCUUAUGUUUAAAAUGUUGUUCUACAGGUACAUUUAAAAAAAAUUGUUUACGUACUGAAUACGUCACACAAUCGUAGCGAAGGCGCGAAUGUGUGGCAUCUUUAGUGAGCAAUAUAUUACUCACUAAAGAGGGCAAACUAAAAUACCUGAGCUACGGUAUGAAUAACAGUAAAACAUUUUACAAGACAAUAUUGAGGAAUGAGAAUCAAGAAUCUGUAGUGAGUGGAAAUCAACCAAUUUAACUAAGAGCUAUGAACAUGAAGGUUUAAGCAGUUCACACACCACUUAUAAAUAAAUGUGUAGUUACCGCAAAACUACUCUCUCAGAAAGCAGCAAGAUGUGCAGAUUUGAGCAUGAAAAGGACUAUGUUAGGUGGAUGAAUAAACCAGUUAAUGUAUUUAUAAAGUUUUAUGGGCUUUACGAAAAGGAUUCAAAAAGUUUUGAAGAGAGUUUUAAUGACUAUUGUGGUUAAAUAACUGAUAUGCAUAAGUACGGUAUACUCUUUCGACUAAACUUACCCUUUCCCUGUACUCAACAAGUCUGAUGUUUCUCUGGUAGUUAUGAUACAAGAUUUUCAGUUGGAUUAUAAACCCGGUAGUUAGCAAAAGAAUUAACAUGAUGUGAAAGUUAUUCAGCUGGCAAAGACGUCGAUGAAACAUAAACAUUACAGACGAUGCUACGCAUUUUAUCAAUAAUAUUUACUAAAGAUAUUGGUUGCUAAACAUAUGUAUGUGUACCUGAUUUUCCUACCAUUUGUGCAGUAUGAAUCAUUUCUAAAGCAUGUAUGUAGAUUAAGCUAAACAUGUAAUUCGUAAACAGUAAACAUGCAUUAUGUAAA